AUGUUGAACCCACCGGCACAGGCACAGGCACAGCUUCUCUCCUUGCUCUUCUGCAUCUGCUGCUUGUCGACAUUGGUGACUGCUCGAUAUGGAGAUUCUGAAUCCAAAGCUUCGAUUCCCAUCGGCGUGAUUCUUGAUUUGAAUUCAACAGUCGGGGAGAUGGCCGAGACCUGCAUCAGAAUGGCGCUUUCUGACUUCUAUGCUGCUCAUACAGAUUAUAGAACGAGACUGGUUCUUCACACCAGGGACUCCAACGAGGAUGUUGUUGCCGCAGCUUCUGCAGCUUUAGACUUGUUGAAAAAUGAUAACGUACAAGCCAUCAUUGGGCCACAAAAAUCAGCACAAGCUAGAUUUGUGAUUGAUCUUGGUGACAAGGCUCAGGUGCCCAUCAUUUCUUUCUCCGCAACCAGUCCUUCUCUUUCACCCAUUCAAAAUCAUUUCUUUGUUCGGACAACCCAAGAUGAYUCAUCUCAAGUGAAAGCCAUUAAAUCCAUUUUCCAGAAUUAUGGAUGGAAAGAAGUUGUCCCUAUCUACGAAGAUACUGAUUAUGGGAAUGGAGUCAUACCUUAUCUAAUUGAUGCUUUCCAAGAAAUUGAGGUCCGUGUGCCCUACAGGAGUGUGAUCCCUCUAUAUGCCAAUGAUGAUCAAAUACUGGAAGAGCUUAAUUUGUUAAUGACCAUGCAAACUAGGGUAUUUGUGGUGCACAUGACAGCUUCUCUUGGUUCUCGCUUUUUUGCAAAAGUAAAGCAGGCGGAAAUGAUGAGUGAAGGAUUUGUAUGGAUGACUACAGAUGGCUUAUCUAGUCUACUGGAUCCAAUGGAUCCCACUGUCAUUGACUCCAUGCAAGGCGUAUUGGGUUUGAAACCUUACAUUCCAAAGUCGAAAAAUCUUCAUGAUUUCAAAAUUAGAUGGGAGAAGGAAUUCUCCUUGAACAAGCCAAAUAGAAAAAUAGGAGAGUUGAGUCUCUUCGGGUUGUGGGCAUAUGACACAGUCUGGGCAUUGGCUAUGGCAACAGAGAGAGUUGGAGCCAUGAAUACUAGCUUCAUUAAGACAGAAAGUAGUGAACAUUCAACAGAUCUUGCAACCCUUGGAUACUCACAGAUGGGUCCAAAACUUCUGCAAAAGAUCUUAGCUACUAGAUUUAGAGGAUUGGGUGGUAAAUUCAAUUUGGUUAAAGGGAAGUUACAGCCUUCAACUUUCCAAAUCUUCAAUGUGAUUGGGAAAGGAGAAAGGGUUAUUGGAUAUUGGUCAGUAGAGAAAGGACUUCAUCGAGAUUUAAAAGGGAAGAGUAAAUCAAAUUCAGUGAACAAUCUUAGCACACCAAUCUGGCCAGGAGAUUCAACAAUCACACCAAAAGGUUGGGUUAUACCCACUAAAGGGAAGAGGCUAAAGAUUGGAGUUCCUGUGAAAGAUGGUUUCAGUGAAUUUGUGAAGGUCAYCAAUGAUACUACUACCAAUGCGAAAUCUUUCGAUGGUUUUUCCAUUGAUGUUUUUCGUACCAUAAUAAACAGAUUACCAUUUGCAGUCCCUUGUGAUUUAUUUCCCUACAUGAAGCCCAAUGGACAAAGUAUUGGGAGUUAUGAUGAACUCCUUUAUCAGGUUUAUCUCAAGAAAUAUGAUGCGGUUGUGGGAGAUACGACAAUCGUCGCCAACAGAUCRUUGUAUGUAGAUUUUACAUUGCCAUACUCUGAAUCAGGGGUGUCCAUGGUGGUUCCAAUCAGAGAUGAGACAAGCCAAAAUGCUUGGAUUUUCUUAAARCCUCUAAGCUGGGAGCUUUGGUUGAUGACUGGUGCAGCUUUUAUCUUCACAGGUUUUGUGGUGUGGAUUCUGGAGCAUCGUAUAAAUUCAGAUUUCAGGGGACCUCCCACACAACAAGUCGGCAUUAUCUUUUGGUUCUCCUUCUCAACGCUUGUGUUUGCACAUAGAGAGAAAAUAGUUAACAACUUGUCAAGGUUUGUGCUGAUUAUAUGGGUGUUUGUGGUGCUCAUCCUARCACAAAGUUAUACCGCAAGCUUAACGUCUAUGUUGACGGUACAACAGUUAAAACCAACACUAACCGAUAUUAAUGAACUCAGAAAGAAUGGGUUCUAUGUGGGAUACCAGAAGGAUUCCUUUGUCAAAGGGCUCCUAAUAAAAAGGUUGAAUUUGGAUGAAGACAAACUCAGGGCUUAUAGCACUCCUGAAGAGUAUCACGAGGCCUUAUCUAAAGGAACUCAGAAUGGUGGAGUUGCUGCAAUAAUCGAUGAGAUACCCUACAUCAAGCUUUUUCUUGCCAAGUAUUGUUCUAAAUAUAUCAUGGUUGGGCCAACCUACAAGACUGAUGGAUUUGGUUUUUUUUCUCUAGUAUUGUUCUUGAACUCAAUCCAUCUCAGCCAGUUGCUAGAGAUUCAUGUUGUGCGUCAGUGCUGUGAAAGACGAUGGGGGCUCGUGAAGGAAGAGAGGAAAAAGAAAGGGAAAGAGAAAAGCAACAUGUUAAUCGAACAACUAGGGAUAACACCGACAUCACUUGGUAAAUCCCCAUUCUCCAAAGAUAGAAAAAGAAAGCAGGCUCUCAAAUUCACAUAA